GAUUGACACUCUCUGAGUUCCGGUCCAUUCCGUCCUGCGCAGAAGUUGCUAGUCACAGGAGCCACAAUGGCGUUUGUAGUCUCCUGCUGCUAGGGCUGUGGAUGUAUUAAAUCCAUUAGCAUCGCCCUAAAUAUAGGCCUGGUUGAUUUCCAGAGCCAUUGAUAGUAAACUGGAACAUCUAUUGCACACGAAAAAACUAUGAUUUCUUAUCAAUAUUGAGAUUGUAGGGGAUAAAGCUUACAUUAAAGGGAACAUGUAAACAGCAUCCACCGGGUCAAGUUUUCAUUUUGUUGGCGAGACGAGCGUCUUCAAGUGAAGACAUUUGCUCGUCACUGAGUGCUAAGACCGUAAUUCUGUGGAAUAAAAUCACCUUUCCCUAACUUGGCACCGGACAAGGACAGCUUUGACAAAAGGACUUUUUUUCUUUUUUUACGGCUACACUCGCUAGCUGCCCAGCGCUAGCUAGCUAGCGGUGCUAGCUAAGUUGAGACGGAGACGACAGCACAAAUGCUCCAAUGUUAGGUAGGGAAAUUUCAUUUACGGUCCAAGUAAAUGUUCUGCGUCGCUGGACAGCAACGGUGGAUUUUUUGCUGUCUUUUUCGAGGAGUUCGGCCGAGACGUUAAGUGGAAUGAAUCAGCUUUGAGGACGACGACGGGACGUUUGCGGCCUAGUGUGGUCAUUUGCUGUAUUUUUGUGUGCUUGGGAACACUGAGGAUUUGCACUUGAAUCCACGCCCCCGUUAAUGAGUUGCUUGGACCGCCAAGGCCCAGCCGCAGGAGGAGAGGUACCGACGCCGGCUUGAGGGAUGCCUGGGUCGGACCGACACCAUGGGACCAAGCGGAAGCCGGAAUCGAGCAUCAGCAGCUUGGCGCACGGCGCCAAUGCUUCGUUCCACACGGCUGCCGGGGACAUGGCCAGCCAAGACGGCAAGUUGCAUUUAAAAUCGCUAAUGUCCUCCAGCAAACGUAAACGACAUAAAUCAGCCAAAUUUCGGGAACCAUCGUCCGCACCUGCGCCCGAAUAUUUUACCCUGGGCUACACUGCGCCCCCUAGUGUCAGCCUGGUGAAGCCUCUGGUGGAGUAUGAUGACAUAAGUUCGGACUCUGACACCUUCUCAGACCCCCCGGCCUCUAGACCACUUGAGAGGGUUGUUGUGGAGCGACUGGAGCCCUCGCCGGAGUACUUCAUUGAACAGCCCACCCGAGAGAGCAAGCCGCAUAGACACUCCCGGAAAAAGUCCAAGGACCCCAACAAGGUUCGAGACCCCGGCAAUGGGGAGCGUGGUAGCAAGAAGAAAAGCAGCAAGGACCGGGAGAAGGGGGCGUCUCGGAUGGGCAAGGAGAAAUCUGCCGCCUCCGGCCCAUCCAAACGCUACAUCCAACAAGAGGUAGACUUCAAACGAAUCGAUCCCCUGCUGGCGUCCCAGGUGCACCCUGCAGCCAGCGUAGGGAGCACAUCCUCCACGUCCUCGUCCCGCAGCAAGGAGAGCAGCCGCUCGGGCAAGUCUCGCAAAGAAAAACAGCAAAGACGAGAAGGUCGCUUGGAAGGCGGCCAUGGCAACACAGAAAAGGUCCGAGGGGAGAGGAGCCACCGCAAGUCCUCCAAAAGCCACAAGUCCAGCCCAAAGGGAAAGUCAAGUCGAGGUAGUCCUCGCAGGAAACCCCCGAGCACUGCUCUGUCGCCCAGUCCCAGGAGAGCCGGGGCCGGGAAUGAGAGCCCACUAGGUGGUGUCAGCGGGUAUGGCCAACCUGUGGACGAUGGCUACAUCAGGCGCAAAGCUGCCCAGCAGAGCUCCAGUCCUUACGGGGACGCGAGCCACCACAGCAGGCAGAGAUCGGACAGCCCCUAUGGCAGCAGACACAGGUCCUCCAGCUUUGAGAGGGAUAACAGCCCUUUCUCCAGGAGGCGCUCCAUCAGCCCCUACGCUCCCCGCCGGUCCUCCAGCACCAGCCCCAUGUCUCGACGCUCUGGCCGCUCCAGGAGUCGAUCCCCGAUGCAGUACGCCUCUUCCCGUCGGUCUUCCUCUCGUUCCUGUGGCAAGAGACACGGUGGCUCCUCCACCGGUCCAGGCCUCAGCUCCUACAGCAGCCGACCUGCCAGCCGCUCCCCUCCCGCCGCCCGCCUGCCCCUCAAUUCCAGCCUGGGCGCCGAGCUCACCCGCAGGAAGAAGGAACGGCAGGCUGCCGAGGCGGCCGCCCGUGCCAGCAGCACCAGCGCGGCAUCCCUGGCUCCACCGAAACCCGCGGCAUCCUCUUCCUCCGCACGCCCUCAGGCUGAGGAUGCGCAGGAGGAAAAGGACUCGGGAGAAAUGGAAUCUCUGCCUCCCGAGGAGUCACCACAAGGUGCGCCCAUCAUGGAAGCGCCACUUGCCGCCCCUUUAGCAUCCGCUUCCACCUCCAACAUCUCCCCUGCUGGUCCUCCUCCUCCUGAGCCAUCACCCCCGGAGCCCUCUGGUCCAACAACCUCUGCCGCGCCGGUGCCACCACCUCCCCCGCCCCCACCCACGCCGCCCCCGCAGGCCGAGAUCACCAUUCAACCACCUGUGCCCUCAGUCCCCGCCAAAUCACCAGCGCCUAUUCCCACGCGAAGCCCCGCCCGACAGACGCCGCUCCACAAGACGUCGACUCUGCCCCCUCUGCCUCUACCCCCCAUGUUGCUGGGAAACUCUCAGGACAGUCCAAAGAGGACCACUCAUCCUCAGAAAGGGUCCAGAAAGGAGAAGGAAAUGCGGAGCCGGCCGUCCAUCAUCGACCUCCCGCUACCGCCUACCCUGCCCGGAGGCGACGGCUCACCCCUCCAGUUGCCUAUCCAUCAGGGAUUGUCGCUUCCACAACCAGUCCUUAAAAAGAGACCAAAGAUUUGUUGCCCUCGUUACGGCGAGCGCAAGCACACCCAAAGCGAUUGGGGCAAGCGAUGCGUGGAUAAGUUUGACAUCAUAGGUAUCAUAGGAGAAGGCACCUACGGCCAGGUGUACAAGGCCAAGGACAAAGACACGGGCGAACUGGUGGCUCUGAAGAAAGUGCGCUUAGACAACGAGAAAGAGGGCUUCCCCAUCACGGCCAUCAGGGAGAUCAAGAUCCUGCGGCAGCUCAAACACAGCAGCGUCGUCAACAUGAAGGAGAUCGUCACCGACAAGCAGGAUGCACUGGACUUUAAAAAGGACAAAGGAGCGUUUUACCUGGUCUUCGAGUACAUGGACCACGACCUCAUGGGCCUGCUGGAGUCGGGCCUGGUCCAGUUCUCACACGAACACAUUCGCAGCUUCAUGCGCCAGCUGAUGGAGGGCCUGGACUACUGCCACAAGAACAACUUCCUGCACAGGGACAUCAAGUGCUCCAACAUAUUGCUCAACAACAGGGGUCAGAUCAAACUGGCUGACUUUGGUUUGGCCCGGCUUUACAAUUCUGAAGAAAGUCGUCCAUACACUAAUAAAGUCAUCACGUUGUGGUACCGGCCCCCUGAGCUCCUGCUGGGGGAGGAGAGGUACUCUCCAGCCAUCGAUGUGUGGAGCUGUGGGUGCAUUCUGGGAGAGCUGUUCACCAAGAAGCCCAUCUUUCAAGCUAACCAGGAGCUCCUGCAGCUGGAGCUCAUCAGUCGUCUGUGCGGCUCUCCUUGUCCUGCUGUCUGGCCUGACGUCAUCAAGCUGCCCCUCUUCAACACCAUGAAGCCCAAGAAACAGUACCGACGGCGGCUACGGGAGGAGUUUGCCUUCUUGCCCACGUCCGCCUUGGACCUGCUGGACCGCAUGUUGACCCUCGACCCGUUGCGGCGCUGCACGUCAGAGGUCGCUCUCCACAGCGACUUCCUGAGCGACGUGGACCCCAGCAAGAUGCCGCCACCAGAUCUUCCUCACCACCAAGACUGCCACGAGCUGUGGAGCAAGAAGCGGCGGCGGGCGCGCCAGAGCGGGCUGCCCGAAGAUGUGCCUGUGCCCAAAGUGCCCCGGAAGGACGCGUCGGGCACCUCCAGCGGCGAGAACAGUCGAGUGCAAACCAGCCCGCCCGGAGCCCCGCCUCCUCCGCCGGGAAAGCCGCCUGCUGCCGCCCUCCCGGACAACGACUUAUCAGCGCUGGGAGCUGCUGCCGAACAGUUGAACCAGACGGAGCUGGCCUUGCUGCUCAACCUUCUCCAGGGACAGACGGAUCUCUCGCUGCCCCAAGCGGCCCAGCUCCUCAACCUCUCAAACGCAGAGACUCUCAGCCAGUCCUUGUCCGCCCUCAGCGAGGCCUCCGACCACCACCAGGGGGCUCCGGAACACCAGGGACGGGGCACAACGUCGUCGUCGUCGUCGUCCAGGACCCACCCCCCCGCGGAGCUGCCUCCCGAGCCGCAGGAGCGCUCGCCAACCUCCGGCGACGCGACCCACAUCCCGGAGGACCAGGCCAACUUGCUGGCUCUCAUUUUGGGCCACAUCAUGAAGCCGCAAGGCGAGGAGCAAACCGACGAGAGUAACGGAGUCCAAUCGGAGGAGGCACUAACGCGCGGUUCAUCCGCCUCUACUACUGACCGCAAGGAUGUCCCGAAAAGGAAGCCGUUCAGAACCCACGGUGCACCCCCAUCCACCGAGCAACGUCCGCCAUCCCCGCCCAGUCCUCCUCCAUCAACCCGACCAGCUGAAGUCCACCCCAGCCAGGACAUCAGCCCCGCGGUGGCGGCCGCUCUGCUCCAGUUCAUCUCCCAGCAAGACUCGGACACCAGUGCUUCUCCAGGUGGCGAUGCCCCGUCACCUGCCGUGCAGGGGCAGGGGCAGCCACCCUGGGUUGCAGACUCCCCCUCUAAACCAUUACCUGCACAGGAGGGCUCGGAUGAGGUACCUGGUUCUUCUCGCACAGCACAGUUCCCUAAAGACCAGGACCUCCGGUUUGGAACAGCCCGUUAAGACUGAGCCGAUGCUUACCUGAGAGAGCACCAUCGGAUUCAACAGGAAGUGUUUGAUUUCUGGAUGACUCUAGCUUCCCUGAUUUCUUCUCGUCCCAAAUGAAUGAAUGUCGCACCCCCUGCAGUGCCGACCACCAAGGAGGUUUUUGACGCCCACUGGAAUCAAGACACAGUUGGUGGUUCCCCGAUGAACUUGACAUGCUGGCUCACUUCCUUGUUUGGACUCUUCAUGACCCCUCCUGAGUGACCUUGUGGAUGGCGCUAACUACAAGGCCGGAUGCUUUUUUUUUUUUUUUUUUUUCUUGAAUCCAUUCUACAGUCAUAAACUCAGCAGUGUCGUGACAAGCCUUAGCCCCGUAGCGCUCAUCUUCUGCUCUUCAAAACACGAAAUCACAGUUCUGCUCGGUCAAUUAUGAAGUUAGUCGCAAAAAAAAAAAAAUACUUGAUGACUUUUAAGCGCUUUUCCUGGAGGGCAUCCAAAGCUGCUCAUUGCCUCCCUGUGUGCAGCAAAAGCUUUUUUUUCCCUCUUUGUUUUGUUGUUGGUGCAAUUAUUUUCUAAAUAAAGAAAAUUAUACGCUUGGAAAAGAAUUCUAAUGAUGGUCCAUGAUUCUGUUUCUAUUUUUUUUCCUUUUGGAAGAGGGAAAAAAACAUUUCAUGUGUCUAAGAGGAAAACAAAUAUUUUGUAAUAUGUGUUUUGUUUU